AUGCCAUAUUACCGUCUUAAAGAUCUUAUAAAGGCCAUACGUGCCUGCAAGACUGCUGCUGAUGAAAGAGCGGUCAUCCAGAAAGAAUCGGCAGCCAUUCGUACUAGUUUUAAAGAAGAAAAUAAUGACGCUCGUCAUUCAAAUGUAGCCAAAUUGCUUUAUAUACAUAUGCUUGGCUAUCCAGCUCACUUUGGCCAAAUCGAAUGUUUAAAAUUAGUAGCGUCGAAUCGAUUUGCGGAUAAAAGGCUAGGCUAUUUAGGAAUCAUGCUUUUAUUGGACGAAAACCAAGAAGUGCUAACAUUAGUCACGAAUUCUUUGAAAAACGAUAUGAACCAUUCCAAUAUGUAUAUUGUUGGUUUAGCAUUAUGCACUUUAGGAAAUAUAUCAUCCCCUGAAAUGGCGCGUGAUUUAUGUGCAGAAGUUGAAAAAUUACUAGCGAUUACUCUUAUCAUUGAGAUGUGCUAUAAAAAUCCAGAAACUGUGCAAACUUUUCGCAAGACGGUUCCGUUAUUGGUUAGACAUUUAAAAACACUGGUUUCAGCUGGAUUUUCACAAGAGCAUGACGUAACAGGUGUCACAGAUCCGUUUUUGCAGGUUAAAAUAUUGAGACUUUUACGAAUUUUAGGUAAAGGUGACGCUGAAGCAAGUGAAGCAAUGAAUGAUAUUCUUGCUCAGGUUGCUACGAAUACUGAAUCAUCAAAAAAUGUUGGAAAUUCAAUAUUGUAUGAAACUGUACAAACUAUUAUGGAAAUCCAAUCUGAAAGUGGCCUUCGUGUUUUGGCCAUCAAUAUUCUUGGCAAAUUUUUAACAAACAGAGAUAAUAAUAUUAGAUAUGUCGCAUUGACCACACUUAAUAAGACGGUAGCGAUAGAUACAAAUGCAGUGCAACGUCAUAGAAACAUCAUUCUUGACUGUUUGCGAGAUGGUGAUAUCUCUAUACGACGUCGAGCAUUGGAGCUUUCAUUCGCAUUAAUUAAUGAGGCAAAUGUUAGAGUGCUAACACGCGAGUUAUUGGCCUUUUUGGAAGUUGCCGAUAAUGAAUUUAAACAGGGAAUGACAACAAAAAUUUGCUUGGCUGCUGAUAG